AGUUUAUUAAUUAUAAAUUAAAUUUAAACAUGAAGACCAAAAACAUUAUAGACAUUGUUGAUGCUGCAUUAUACUGGUUUUGCGGAAUAAAAGAGUCUAACAGACUUGAUAUUAAUAUUUCGAUAGGUAUGCUUUGUAGAAUAAUUUUUUUUUUUUUUUCCAUCAUCUUUAGAGAUUUGAAUACUUAUACUUGGGGUGAAUUUGUGGAAUAAAUUUUAGCAUGGUUAUUUUUUCACAUUUAUAUAAUUUAUUUUGAAUUGAAGUAUUUUUUGAAUGGUGAAUCAUAAACUUAAUUGAGAGAAAAAAGAUAUAAAGCAUUGGAUAUGAUUUAGUUAUUUCUGGGAAUUUAUUAUUUUGCAUCAAAUUUAGUGUCAAUUUUAGCCUACAUAAUAUUUUAUUUCUUUUCAGGCAAUUUUCUAAUUAAUAUAGUUGAAUUGUGCAUAAAAUGUUGUGCAAAAUAAUAGAAAGCAAAUUAUUAUAAAAAAGGAGGGAUUAAGGAAUUUUUUCUUGGAGUCUUUUUAGGAACAACAGGAGUGGUUAUUUAUUUAAUUAUUAUUAUGGAUAAAUAUCAGUAGGAAUUAGAUACUUCAGAACAUUUGAGAGUGUAUAUGGCUAUUACUAUUUUUGGUGAAAUGAUAGGAGCAUUAUUUUCAUAUUGCGCUAUUUUUUUUCCUUCUGAUAGGUAUACUUGGGCAUGGGAUGGCCCAAAAUCAGUCUUAGGAGUUUCUUAUGGUUUAGUUUUUGGAUUCUUCAGCAUAUUUUAUGGAUUUUUAAUAGGCUUUUUUAUUAUUUGUACUUUCUUUUAUCUUUGUUGCACUUGCAGACGAUCUGAGUAUGUGCGUCCAGCCUCUUGA